UAUUGUGUGGAGUCACUCUGGAGAGUGCAUGUUUUUUCUUGGGAGAGUGCAUAUACAGUGAAUGCAGGGUCCGGGAGACCAAAUAUAGUGAAUGCAGGGUCCGGGGAGACCAGAUAUAGUGAAUACAGGGUCUGGGGAGACCAGAUAUAGUGAAUGCAGGGUCCGGGGAGACCAGAUAUAGUUAAUGCGGGGUCCGGGGAGACCGGAUAUAGUUAAUGCGGGGUCCGGGGAGACCAGAUAUAGUGAAUGCAGGGUCCGGGGAGACCGGAUAUAGUGAAUGCAGGAUCCGGGGAGACCA